UUGUUUCAACUCUCACAAUAUUCUCCUCUUCCACCGCCACCGCCGCGAUAGCCGCAACCUACGCCACCUCCACUGCCAACGUUAAGUGUUGACGGAGAGAAAGGGUUUAAGACAAAAAGGUGUGGCUUACUUUAUUUAUUACAUCUUCAUGAGAUACUUCUUCUGCGAACCUAGUGAUCAGCAACAUGUCCAACAUCCCACCUCUCUCUCUGAAGUCUGUCUCACUCUCUUCCGUCUCACCAUGUCUGUUGCAGAUCCAUGGCCUUUCUCCUGAGCCAAAUACCUUUUCAUUUCUUUUGAAAAUUCUGGUAAUUUAUAGUUUCUGAACUUUUCUCUCGCACCAAAGACUUACACCAUGAGAAAGAUCAGGGGCUUCAAACUAGGAAAACGGGUCGUCAAGUUCUGCGGAUGGUUUUUCCGGCGAAGCCGAAACCCAUCUGGGUACCACCGUCUCGGGCAAUCGACCGGCAAGACCAAGACCAUUUCUCGCCUCUGCAACUGGGGUCAACGUCUCAAACCAAAGCCAAGAGGAUAUGUUCGUUGAACCCGGCCGGCUUGUUUCUCCGGUUACCUUCCGGUGGGUAAGGAGAUGCCAGCGGCGACGGUUCCGAAAGGUCAUCUGGCGGUGUACGUGGGUCAAAAAGACGGCGACUUCCAGCGAGUCCUUGUGCCGGUGAUAUACUUCAACCACCCAUUGUUUGGUGAGUUGCUGAGAGAAUCCGAGGAGGAGUAUGGGUUUCAGCACCCAGGUGGCAUCACCAUACCUUGCCGGAUAUCGGAGUUCGAGAGCGUGCAGACGAGGAUCGCCGCCUGUCAGGGCUGCCGAAAAAUGACGUGGAGGCGGCACUACUCAGCUGGUUGCCAUUAUUGACGAUGAUGAUGAUGAUGAUAAACUUAUUAUUAAGAUAUUGAUUCGCUAGUAAUCUUGUUUUAGCCUUUUUUUCUUGAUAUUUAUUUUAUUUUCAUUUUCUCUUUUUAAUACAUGAUGUAACACUAGUUGUGAGUAUAUGUAAAGAUUUUUUCUUGAACCCUCGCCGUUAAUAAAUUGAUUAGCGAUAAGAUUAGAAUC